CCCGGCCGGACUUCAGAGACCUCGGCUGAGAAGCGGCUCCCGCUUCCGCGGAUCUGCGGUGGAGGGUCCCGAGCGGGCCCCGCCUCAGGGGUGAAGACGACAGCGACGGCCCUGCGGGCUGGAAGGACCCAGGAGGCUGGGCAGCAACUUUGGGAUGACUUGGGAGCCCACUCCACCAGGAGGAAAAUGCAUCCUGCGUGGGGUCCUGACACCUGCAGAUGGAGCUUUGCCAUGAUUUCUUCUGGAUGUUUUUGUAAAGAGAUUAUUUCUGUAGAGAAAUGCCACUUCAGCAUCAUAUACACAGUCAUAAAAUUCAUAUCAAGAAAUGGGACCAGUCAGUCUUCCCUGCAACCUGAGGCAAAGAGAAAAAAGUCACACCCUAGGAAUGCAGUGGUGUCCUUUGAAAGAAGAGGAUGCCAUUCCCCGUGUGAGGGCAAUGGAAGCUCAUGGGGGACGACCACCGGAUCCAGAGGGAGAGCGACCAGGAGAGGAUACCAGCGUGAGACAGCGGAGCGGUCGGCCUCCUGAUGUUGGCGGUGCUGAAUGUGUAGAUAACACAGAUGGCAAAUUGCUAAGACAACUGCAAGCUCAAGAAAAAGCCCAACAAGCAGCACAAAUAAAGCUUUUGAGAAAACUCCAAAAGCAGGAACAGGCUCACAUUGCCAAAGAAGCUAAAAAACAACAAGCAAUAAUGGCUGCUGAGGAGAAGCGACAGCAAAAAGAGCAGAUAAAGAUUAUGAAACAACAGGAAAGAAUUAAGAGAAUACAACAAAUCAGAAUGGAAAAAGAACUUCGAGCCCAGCAAAUUCUAGAGGUAGAAUUCGAAAGAAUUAAGAGAAUACAACAAAUCAGAAUGGAAAAAGAACUUCGAGCCCAGCAAAUUCUAGAGGAAAGAAUUAAGAGAAUACAACAAAUGAGAAUGGAAAAAGGUCUUCGAGCCCAGCAAAUUCUGGAGGCUAAGAGGAUAAAGAAGGAAGAAGCUGCAAAAGCCAAGUUAUUGGAGGCUGAGAAACGAGAACAGGAAAAAGAACGGUCGAAGCAAGAAAAACGUGAUGAGAAACGAUUAAAGAAAGAGCUUAAACUAGAGCAACGAAGAUUAGAAUUAGAAAUUGCAAAAGAACUAAAGAAGCCUAAUGAAGACAUGUGCUUAGCAGACCAAAAGCCUUUGCCAGAGUUGCCUCGUAUUCCAGGACUUGUCCUCUCUGGAAGUACAUUUUCAAACUGUCUCAUUGUGGUGCAGUUCUUACGAGUCUUCGGUAAAGCUUUAGGCUUUAAUGGGAAUACUGAUGUUCCAGACCUGAGUAUUCUUCAAGAGGGAUUGCUGAAUCUAGGGGACAGCAUGGCUGAGGUACAAGACCUGCUUGUGAGGCUCCUGUCAGCUGCUGUGUGUGAUCCAGGUCUAAUUACAGGAUACAAGGCCGAAACAGCUCUUGGAGAACAUUUGCUGAAUGUUGGUAUGAAUCGAGACAAUGUUUCCGAGAUCUUGCAGAUCUUUAUGGAGGCCCGUUGUGGACAGACUGAGCUCACCGAAAGCCUGAGGACCAAGGCUUUCCAGGCCCACACUCCGGCCCAGAAAGCCUCGGCGCUGGCCUUCCUGAUCAGUGAGCUGGCGUGCAGCAGGAGGGUGGUGAGUGAAAUUGACAAGAACACUGAUUAUAUGUCAAACUUGAGGAGAGAUAAAUGGAUGGUAGAAGGUAAACUCCGCAAGCUCCGAAUCAUUUAUGCUAAGAAAGCAGGCAAGAGAGACACUUCAGGUGGCAUCGAUCUUGGAGAAGAGCAGCACGCGUCGGCCACCCCCACAGCAGGAUGCAAGCGAAGAAGGAAGGGCGGGGACAGUGACGCUGAUGGCAACGAGGAGGAGGAGGAGGAGGAAGACAAGGAAGACAGAAAAGGAAAGAAAACCGAUGUCUGUGAAGAUGAGGAUGAAGGUGACCAAGCAGCAAGUGUUGAAGAGCUAGAAAGACAGAUUGAAAAGCUGAGUAAACAACAGAGUCAGUAUAGAAGGGAGCUCUUCGAUGCGUCUCACUCUUUACGUUCAGUGAUGUUUGGCCAGGAUCGUUACAGACGUCGGUAUUGGAUUUUUCCCCAGUGUGGGGGGAUUUUUGUAGAAGGCAUGGAGAGCGCUGCAGGGCUGAAAGAAAUGGCAAAAGAAAGAAAAAAACGAAAAAAAGCAGAAAGCAUCCAGACCAAAGAAAUAUUUGAUACUUCUGACGACACUUUAAAUUGUUCAAAUCCGGAUCAUUGUGAGCAAAAGGAAGAUCCUAACGAAAAAGAUAACAGAAAUCUAAUUCUUCAGAAUCCUGGCUCUUUUUCCAAACUAAGCAAGCUUUUAGAAGUAGCUAAGGUGCCUCCUGAGUCAGAUGUAACAACCCCCAAACCAAAGAGCGGUGCAGAUGGGUGCGCACUGCCUCACCAGAACCGUGGGAGACACUCACCGGGCAGCAUGCAGCCAACGGUGACACAGAACGGCGUGGAAGAGACAGACUCGAAUCUGGUCAGUACCGGUUCAGGUGGUGCAGGCAAGGUCUACAGUCCUCUCCCCAGGGACCAGUUGUUACUGCCAAGAACACCUUGGGAGGACACUUCCCUUACCCAAGCCGAUGCGCCAGCUGCUUCUUCACCAACUCCUCGGGCCCAGCCGCCCUCUAAGUCACCUGCAGCUCUUGAAGUAGCCAAACCAGUAGAUUAUCCUAGUCCAAAGCCUAUUCCAGAAGAAAUGCAGUUUGGCUGGUGGAGCAUUACUGACCCAGAGGAUUUAAAAGCUUUGCUCAAAGUGCUACAUCCCAGAGGCAUAAGAGAAAAGGCAUUACAAAAACAAAUUCAGAAACACCUGGAUUACAUCACUCAAGCCUGCAUCGAGAAUAAGGAUGGUGGGCACCUAAAAGAGAUUUAUUUCUGCUCUCUUGCUUAUGAAUUUGUGUGUGUUAAAUGUACUUUUACCAUUAUUGAAUUAAAUGAAAAUGAAGAAAACCCGGUAACUCGAGAUAUUGUGGAGAACUGGUCAGUAGAAGAACAAGCAAUGGAAGUGGAUUUGAGGAUUCUUCAACAGGCAGAAGAUCUGGAAAGGAGAGUCGCAUCAGCAAGUUUGCAAGUAAAGGAAAAUCUGCAAGAAUCUAGUCCUGAUUCUGUAGAAAGCCGAAUUACUCUACUAGCUCCUGGUUGGAUGUGUCCAGAACCGGCAUCAGAAAGGGAGGACUUGGUCUAUUUUGAACAUAAGUCAUUUUCUAACUUGUGCAAGGAGCACGAUGGAGAAUUUACUGACGAAGAAGAAAGCAGUGCGCGUGCACUAGAGCGGAAGAGCGACAACCCCCUAGAUAUAGCUGUAAGCAGGCUGUCUGAGUUGGAGCGAAACAUUGAAAGGAGGUAUCUGAAGAGCCCCUUAAGUACCACCGUUCAGAUCAAACUGGAUAAUGUGGGCACAGUUACUGGCCCUGCUCCUGCACCAUCCACUAGUGGUGAUGAUGACGGAAUUGAAGAGGAUAUUGUUCCCGGUCUCAGGGUGUGGCGAUGGGCAUUAUCAGAAGCUCGCAGUGCUGCCCAGGUGGCUCUGUGCAUUCAGCAGUUACAGAAAUCCAUAGCAUGGGAAAAAUCCAUUAUGAAAGCUGCAAGUUCACUGAAAAGGGGCCGCAAAAACAGAAAAAGGAAAAUAGAGGAAAACACCUGCGGUACUGGAGUAAAACAAGAACGCUGUACUCGUGGAAAGAAACUGAAACAGGACAACUCUGACCCGACUCUUGGCAGCCUUACUAAAAUGCAAACUCGUCUCAAUAAAGACAUGAAAAAAAGAAAAAUAGAAGAAAACACCUUCACUAACUUACCAAACCAGGAAAGCUUUAAUUCUGUAAAGAAAAGGAAGCAAGACCACUCUGACCUGACUCUUUCCAGGUAUAAUUUUUGUUCCCCUGUCCUAUAUAUUCAUAACAUCCCAUUGUAUUUGUUUAGAAACCUUCCACCAUACUAAAAGUGACUUUAUGACCGUUUGUGUAAAUAGGAAUUUUCCUAUGUAAAGUCCACUCUGUACUAUAAGUGUAUUCUUUCAUGUGUUUUUAUGAAUUAAUUUGCAUUGUCUUUACUUGGAAGAGAAUGAAAGCUCAUCUUUUCCUAAAGGUAGAUAACUAAAGCAUGGAUAGUGAUUUCAAACAUUACUUUCUCUUGUACCCUUACUGAAAUGGACAGUCAUGAAGAUGCACGGCCUUUUGUAGAACUGCCGGAGUGCAGCACACGGAGUCGUCUGCGUUUCCGCCUCAGGGAUGGAAGACACGUUUUUAUUAAAAGUGCGUAAGCAGCUUUAUAAUAACAUGUCUGGUAUCUGGGGGUCUCGUCAACAAGAAAUAAAGUGGUUAAACACACACACAGAGCAGUCUUUCAAGAAUGAUCAUUUUCUUUUAAACAAAUACAAUAUCCCUGAAAAAAGGAAAGCGUGGUGUGCAUAUUGGCUACUUUGGGCUGGUGUUUUCAUCACUGGUGGUACAUACUCAGCAGGAGCAGCUGGGCAGGAAGUAGUGGGCAUGGUAUGAAAAUGGCAGUUGGUCCAGUACUAAUUGUCACUGUACGUGUGGGUAUCAUUUGUUCUGUGACUGACUUGCACUCGAGGUGCCCUAGGGUGAGUGUAUCCUCAAGCCCCUGGCACGGUUCUCCUCAAAUAACCAAAGUCCUCCUAAGCCUCUGCUGCCACCCAACUACAGGUAUCCACAGCAUACUUUCAUUCGGAUGCACGAGGCCUUCGCCGUAACCGUCAUCAUUUCUGUCCUGGUUGCUCUGUAGAUUAUAGAUCCCGGGCCGACCCUCAAGUUUGUAUUUCGAUUGCCAUUCAAGUGGUAAUCAAUGAAUGAUGACCAAUGAGUGCUCUACUGUUAAACCCAGGAUAUCAUCCAUGGGAAAUAAUAUGUAGAGAAUAAAGUAAUAUUUAUUUAGUUGUUAACCAUAGUGCAAAUCAAGUGAAAGUUAUGUGUGGGUAUGGGGAUAUCUUGAACUCAGAAGAAUUAAGUUAUCAUAAAUGCACAGUGAUCUCUUUUCCUGGUUUCAACCUCAAAAUGAAAUUUGUUAAAAGCACUAAUUUUAAAAUGAGGGUAUCUAAUCUGCCUUUGGUACCUUAUGCACCCCCUCUGUUCUCCUUUUUCCAUUUCUUCCACCCCCAAUACCUUUUCAAAAUAUUUAAAAUCCUAUUCAUUUAGCCUCUCAUUAAACACAUCCUCAACAAGGAAAUCUGAUAUCAAUCAUUUACUCCUUAUUGUAAGUUUUCUUUGUGGGCUUCUUUCAACGUUAUUUUUAUCUUAAGUAUUUCCAUUUAAGAAAUGAAAGAAGUUUGUGUUGUUAAAAUAAUUCAAUUUCAACUGGAAGUUAAGGGAGGUAUUUUAAGAGAAUCAAAAUUUUCCUUCCAGAGAAAUAUGACUGUCAUACAACACAGGGAAACUAGUAGAGCCUUAUCUACUAGGAAU